AUGUCUCUGUCCCCCAAUAGCAAUGCGCUGGCCCUGAAGCGCAAGCUGCAGGGCGCGGACAGUCGUUUCGAGCCCGGAAAACGGCAUCAUCUCCAAGGCUACGAUCCACAGGCCCCAUGGCUCUCCGAAACGAAACAGAACAGUGGCUGGAGUCGGCUCGGGCAUCCGGCCGUGCAAAGCUCGUUGCCACUGGCCAAUAUGGUCUCUGCUGUGCAGGACUUGAUUGAUCCGGACUUUGACCCGUUGACGGCUAUGUUGGAUGAUGAGCCUAGAUUUUUGAAGCCGUUGCCACAAUGCAUUGCGCCGGAGGAUGUUGAGUUUUUACGCUUUCGUGGUGCCUUGUCGAUUCCGGAGAGUGGGUUGCGGAAUGAGUUGCUUCGGUCGUAUAUUCAAUGGGUGCAUAGCUUUAUGCCAGUGCUGAAUCUGCAGGAAUUUUUACGAUGCGUCGCUGAGAAUGAUCCUAAUGGGAACGUUAGUGUGUUACUUUUCCAAGCUGUCAUGUUUGUUGGGACGGCAUUCGUCGACCUUCAACAUUUGCAGGAUGCGGGUUAUUCCACUAGGAAGGAUGCGCGCAAUGCAUUCUUUACCCGAUUAAGAUUACUCUACUCCCUCGAUUGCGAAGAAGAUCGCAUCGUUAUCCUGCAGACAGUGUUGCUCAUGACAUACUGGUCUGAUCCUUGGAACAGCCUACAGCGCGAUAUCUGGGACUGGAUCGGAGUUUGCAAUAUACAAGCGCAGUCAAUCGGAUUAAAUACAGACCCUUCUUCAGCGAGAGAUAUGGACCAAAAGACCCGACGACUGCGAACGAGAAUUUGGUGGUGCUUAUAUUCUCGCGAUCGGCUCAUAGCCAUGGGAAUGCGACGACCUCUACAAGUCAAUGAAGGCACAUGCAAUGUCCCGAUGCUUAGGAUGGAAGAUUUCGACUUUGAGCCAUUUUGUCCAUCUGCGGUCGCUCAAUUUCGCUGUCGUCAGCUAGAGGAUGUCUCGCAUCAAAAACGACUAGCUACGAUGUUCAUUGAGAAAGUGAAGCUUUGUCAGUGCAUUGGGAGAGUAUUAUUCGCACAAUAUGCCCCUUCACAGCGUCAAUUUGGUGCGACGGAUCGAACAACUGUCACGAUCGUCCCUAGACAGGCUUCCGAGUCAGAAUUUACUCGAUGCAGCCAGAAACUCGAUUCGUGGCUAAGUUCGUUACCGAAAGACGCCCAAUUCAUACCGGCAUCAAAAACCAAUUUCCGCGAUGGUGAAGACGUGCUGCUAUUACAUGGAGCUAUGCUACGUAUGCUCUUCCACGCCACAACUAGUUCCCUCCAUCGACCGUGGGCAGCAAACUCAAAGGAUCCAUCAAAGACCGGAGUGGAGUGGCGCGACGCUGCUCGCAAGAAAAUGCAUGACGCAGCUGCUGGCAUCACGCAUAUCAUCCAGGGCCUUAACCAGUUGAAUCUGACGCGAUUCCUGCCCCAAUCUGGCGUAACGGUUAUUCUCCCCGCUGCGGUUGCCCAUCUAUCAAAUUCAAUGUCGGAUAACCCUGCUGUACGUGAGAGCAGCAUUUCUAACUUCCAACGCUGCAUCAAGGUUCUGCACUGUUUGAAAGAUAUUUACCCAGCCGCCGAAAGCGAGUUCGCGAAUCUCGAAGCAGCUAUAAAAUUGCGUUCCGGAAGUGCCAACUCAAAUACAUUCUUCCAAAUCAUGCAGAAUAACUUUGACCCCUCGCCCUCGCCCACCAAUAUGAAUCCACCAAGGAGGCCAAGCAUGGCCGAAUCUAUCUCAGCGCCAAUGAGUCAACGACACGAACAGAACAGAAUGUCAGAAACUAUGAACACAGCGCAGUCUCGUCAACGAACACAAUCCACAUCCUCCACCCCUCGACCCAACAUCCAACAACAACAACAAAGACGACCCAGCGCAGUGACGCCCAUAAACGAAUUUCCCAACCUAAACCUCAACCCCAAUCACAAUCCCACUGACCCAAAUACUACUCAACACCAACGCCGCCCCUUCCCAAACGAUUUCGACGAUCAUUUCGCCAUAACAGAAACAAACCUCAACCCGGGGCCAUCCGGCGAUAGCCCAUUCAACUUCCUAAACAUCGACUUCUCCACCUUCCCAAACUUUGCCGAGCAACCGACUCAAGAUAUAAACCUUUCCCCCUCAAAUAACGACCUGGAAGGCAUGGACUGGACAGAAGCACUAUUCAAGGGCUCAUCAACAACAUCCGAUCUCGAGAAGGAUCUUUUUGGCGAAUCUGGUGCGAAUGCGGAUACGAAUAGGAGGACGCAAAGUGUGCCGAACCACCAGGGUGAAGGUCAGGAAGAGCUGGAUCUUUUCCCUUUCGCUAUGAAGGUUGAUCAUGGUAGUCGCCAUCAUUCAGCUAGUCAUGUCAACUCUGGUAUUACGGGGGAUUUGGAUCGGGAUUUGGGGUUUCAGACUGGUGAUGAGAUGUUUUGA